AUGGAGACGGACACAGAUCCCGCCUCGGCGGGCCAUGAUGAGCUCCGGCUCCUGGUUGGCGAUGUCAUUGAGGGUGAGAUUAUCAUCCUUCUGCUCAACAUCUUCGAGACACAUACUUACAUUCAACCAGCCUCUAAAUUGCCGGCCAAGUCCCGCACCACCAGCAUCAAACCCACUGUCGCCAAUCUCACUUCCCUCGCCUACGAAUGGGGCGUCCUGCCAGACACGCUGGACGACCUCGUCAAUCUCAUCACAACACCAAACCAUCUUGACCAAGCAAGUCAAGCUGCCAUUAUCAGAAAUCUCUACCCCAUUUCCCCCGUAUCGCGAGAUUCCACCCUACGAGUAGUGUCAUGCCUCGGCCAUGGAAAGCUGAAGCCUUCCUUGACCCUGCAGGCUGCUCUUCUCAAGUGGCUCAUCAUGGUGCAUCAUAACCUUGAAUCACCUCAAGUCCUCUCCCAAGCUUACCCUGUCCUCUUCAACCUUCUUGAUGGUGCUGCUACUCGACCUCAUCUCAGCCACCUUCUGGCCCUCAUCACGCGGAGAAAGCACGUCAGGCCCUUUCGAAUUCAGACCCUACUCAGUCUCUCACGGCAAACCGGAAACGACCCUUGCCUGAUUGGUCUCCUGAGAGUGUUCAAAGACUACUAUCCCGAAGUCAUUGUUGGAGAAGCGGUUCGAGGGAAAGCCUCGUCCUUCAAGCACCCUGACCUACAAUGGAGAGCAAGGCUGGACGAAAUUCAGGAGGCGCAUCAACAACUGGCCCAAGAAGGCACCUCUAGGCCUCGAGAUGGUUUCCGAGUUCAUCGCCCUAUUGGCCGCGGUGCAAAGAACAAGCUCGUUCCUAUGGUCCACACAUCUCAUGCGACAGAGGACUCGGUUACACUCGAGGAGAUCGAAAAUGCUACCGACUUUGUUAAGAAGAUUGACAAUCUGGAGCUGCCUAACCAAAUGGUCGCCGUCCUCGUCGACCCCCUUCUUCAAAAGCUCAUGCUACUACGACCCAGCGAGGAGUCUGAUCAACGGAUAGCUAACUGGCUUAACUCUAUCCUUCAGGACGUCACGGAAGGAUUUGAAAACGAGGAGACACUAUUUGAUAUGAUGGAUAUCUUGCGAGACUAUGUGGUAUCUGCCAAGAACCUCCCUCCACUUCUCCUGAACUUCUUUGCCCACUUCCUCCCUCUGUGGAACGGCUCAGGGCGCAGUGACUCCAUGUUGGAGAUUCUAUCAUAUGCCCCCUUACUAGACUUUCAAGAAUUGUAUCAACACAUCUUCCAACCGCUGGAAACGGCAAUUCUUGACAACACCCCCGAGUCCCAGCUGGCUCUCCUCGCCCUUUACAAGAACCUCCUUCAUCACUGGACAGUCAUCCUCCAGUCCAGUGACCCCAUCCCAGAAAACGCCAGCAAAAUCAUCACAGACUUGAUCAGUCACGUCAACCCUCUGGCACUCACCCUCGUCCAGACACGCCCAACCCUCUCUGUCUACUCUGCCAUUCUCGACUUUUACGAGCAAAACGCUCGCCUCGUAGGCCACGAGACUCUCAAAAACUACAUCCGCAUCGAGUUGCCACCCUCGUUUCUCAUCUACAUCCUCUUCUUCAGCGGCUCUGUCGCCACCGUCUCGCGUAUCUGCGCCAUCCUCGCCUGCUACAAGAAGGGCUUCGAAUUGGCCAUGCUGUCUAAGCCUCGCCGGGACAGAAGCCAACUAGUGGACUCGUCGUCAUACAAUAGAACUUUUGUCAACUUGUUCAACGGCUUCCUCAUGGACAUGUGCAACUGCUUCUGGCGCGGCCGCGCGUUUGGCGAUAGUGACGCCAACGCACAUGGCUGCAUGGUUCCACGACGUCUCGUCCCCGUUCUGUCCACGUAUGUCACUUCUGUGGACAAGACUUUGGCACUCGCCUCGCUCUUGUCACUGUCACACUCGCCCGUUCUGUGUCUGCAGAGCAUCAAGUGCGUGCGUAAUGUCGAGGAUGCUGAGAUGGACACCGACGGGACCUUGCGGGCUAGGCAUGAGGGACCAGUGACACAGCAUAGCCUGGGACAGCUGGCUGCUUCAGGGGGGAUACAGCUCUCGUGGCAGAACUAUCGUAUCAAGGUGUUGGAAACGCUGAGCGCCAAGGAGCUCGCAGGCAUCACGGACCUUCUAAAGAAUACGAUGACAGUUCUGAGAAAGCUGAUGGAUGGCGAGGGGGGCACAAUGCCAACAGGAUCUCAGACAACCCAAGUCAGGUAA